AUGUCUAUGUUACACGCUAUCCACGAAGUGAGACCAACCUCUCCACCUCAUGCACCUCAGAUCGACCUCAAUCUGCCAGCGGAACCAGAAGCAGCACAUGUUCGGGACUCACUGCCCAGGGUGGAUCAGCCUGUCUUUGAACAGACUGUGCCUAGUCGGACGACCCCAUCGCGUCGAAUCGCCAUUACUUCGUUACUGGUUUUAGCCAAUGUCGUACAGAUGACGGUCAACUUCGCUGGUGUUGCUGGCGGUAGUGCCUUGAGUGAAUCAUUGGGCGCCAAGGAUAGUUAUGCCUCGUGGAUAGCUGCUAGCUAUGCGCUCACUCAAGGAACAUUCGUGCUAGUUAGCGGUCGAUUGGGAGAUGUCUACGGCCACCGAGAACUCCUCCUCGCCGGCGGUGCCUGGCUCACAGUGUGUACAUUUGCCAGUGCCUUUUGCACCAACUUCUUCGCCUUUGUCACCAUGCGGGCUCUGGCUGGUUUGGGAGGUGCCUUCGUCAUGCCAAAUGCGGUGGCCAUGAUCUCCAGUACCAAUCCUCCCGGUCGCGUGCGAAAUGUCAGUUUGGGUUUCUUUGGGGCGUCAGCACCGGUGGGAGGGUACUUUGGAGCCUUGUUCUUGGGUGCAUUCCUGGAGCACACCGAGUGGAAGUGGUUCUUCAUCUUCAUUGCGUGUCUUGGUGUUUUCACUUUUGCUCCUAUCUGGGCAUUGAGUCCGCGCGAACCAUCUGUCGACCGACAUGGUAAGAUUGACUGUAUCGGAUCAGCUCUCGGGACGAGCUCACUGAUUCUGUUCAACUUUGUUUGGAAUCAAGCACCCAGUGUCGGUUGGGCCACUCACUAUGAGAUUAUUCUCCUGAUCAGCUCGGUAGUCCUGUUUGCCGGUUUCUUGCUCUGGGAAAGAAACUAUGCUGCCGAGCCAAUCAUGCCAUUGGAUAUCUUCAAGGCUCCAUCUUUCCUGAUGCUGCUCUUGGUUGUGCUGUUGAAUUACAUGGCAGUAGGAACCCUGAUCUGGUACCAGGUCUUAUGGCUGCAAAAGGUAUGGCACUGGUCUCCCCUCCAAUUCGCUGUGGGAUGGACCCCAUUUGUCAUCUGUGCCACGGGAGCUGCUAUUCUCGCCGCGUGGAUGAUCCCACGACUGGCAGCACAAUGGAUUCUCGCCAUCGGCACCAUCACCAUCUUAGUCUCCAACGUCCUCAUGGCGACACUGCCCCUUCACCAAAUUUACUGGGCACAAGUUUUCCCAUCGGUCAUCCUCUUCUCCUUCUGUCCCGACUUUGUAUACACAGCUGGGCAGAUCAUCGCCAGUAACUCGGUCCGACGUAAUCAGCAGGGCAUCGCGGGGUCCGUCAUUGGCACACUCAAUCUAUACGGGAACAGUCUCGGUCUGGGGUUCGCCGCCACGAUUGAAGAGCAGAUAGCGCGCCGAACAGGGAGCCAAAUCACGGGGUAUCGGGCGGCACUUUUCUUCGGGGUGGCCAUUAGUGCCGUAGCGCUAAUUCUUGAUGUGUGCUUCGUCCGACUUGUCAAGGAUGACCGAGAGGGCUGGCGCGACGAUGACAUAGUGGAGGACCUUGAGCUAACGGACCACGCUGAAGCCACUGGUGUACACCUGCCCCAUGCAAGUGCAAGCCAUUGA